CUCGGGUUCAAGAGAGGUCUUUGGAAAGAGUGGUCUGAGAGGGGCACUCCUUCUUAGCUCCCAAUUCUCCCCAACCAAGUUUCUCUUCACUCCCUCACCCCUGGCGUUUGGAGGCACCCACUCCUAGGGGCGAGAAGUGGGCGGAGCCCGGUUUUGGCGCCAGGCACUGCUGCUGCGAAGCAGAAACGCCUCCGUCUAGAAGAUCAGUUACUGUCCUCGCCUCUACUUCCCUUUCCCUCCCCUCCGGGGACCACCAGGCGCCACGCCGCGAACGUAAUAGCUCUUCAAGUCUGCAAUAAAAAAUGGCCUCCAAUAAAACUACAUUGCAAAAAAUGGGAAAGAAACAGAAUGGAAAGAGUAAAAAAGUAGAAGAGGCAGAGCCUGAAGAAUUUGUGGUGGAAAAAGUACUGGACCGACGUGUAGUGAAUGGGAAGGUGGAGUAUUUCCUGAAGUGGAAGGGUUUUACAGAUGCUGACAAUACUUGGGAACCUGAAGAAAAUCUAGAUUGUCCAGAGUUAAUUGAAGCGUUUCUUAACUCUCAAAAAGCUGGUAAAGAAAAAGAUGGUACAAAAAGAAAAUCUUUAUCUGACAGUGAAUCUGAUGAUAGUAAAUCAAAGAAGAAGAGAGAUGCUGCUGAUAAACCAAGAGGCUUUGCCAGAGGUCUUGAUCCUGAACGAAUAAUUGGUGCCACAGACAGCAGUGGAGAAUUAAUGUUUCUCAUGAAAUGGAAAGAUUCAGAUGAGGCAGACUUGGUGCUGGCAAAAGAGGCAAACAUGAAGUGUCCUCAAAUUGUAAUUGCUUUUUAUGAAGAGAGACUAACUUGGCAUUCUUGUCCAGAAGAUGAAGCUCAAUAAUUGUUUGCAUUGCUUUUUAUAUAUAUUUAUAUAUAUAUAUAAAAUCUGGGUCUUUGUUUUUUGAUUAGUGUGAAGAAAUAACAUUCUAAUGAAAAUCAAGUUUGAUAUGUUUGUUUUGAAGUAGUAUUGGGGGAGUUGUUGGGGUUUUUGCAUCUAUAGCACUGGUUACUUUAAACAAAUAAAAACUUUCUGUAGUUGCUUCCUUUAUCAGAAAAGAAUAUUUGAGACCAUGAUAUAUUAUCCCCCUGCAUUAGAGAACCUUUUCUAAAUGUUGGGGGAAAUCUUCAUAGUCUUUACUCAGUCAGAAUUUGUGUUUAACUCCUAUAUGCCUAAGGACCAUUCUGGGUUUUUUGUUUAUUUAGGGGGUUUUUUGUGUGUAUACUUAAAAUACAUACAUAAGUGGUUUUUGUUUUUAACAUUCACCAAAACAAAAACAGCAUUUUAUAACCAUGGUUAAGCCCAUGUUUCCGGGAUGCUACCCUUUUCAGCAUUUUAAGAAAUAAAUCACUUAAACUGAAGUUUUUCCUGAGGCCUUAACCUUUCAAAUUUUGUAAUUAAUUGGACAAUUU